AUGGCCUGGAUUCUGCAGUGCAUUUUGUUGGUUUCUCUGGCAUCGACGCAUGGGGGUGAGAUAGCCGACGCUCGCUCGAUGCGAGAGGGCGAGCGCGCUGUAAACCUCAAGCCGAAUGGUUCGUACAAAAUCUUGAAUAGAUUUGUGAAGCCUUUUGUCAAUAAAAGAGUAGACUUUGAUGCUUUCGUAUUUCCAGAGGUGUCUUCAAAAGCAGGCAACGAAAUUAGCCCUGUAAUUCCCGAUGAAUGUAAGAAACUUGGUAUCUGUGACGACAUCCCUAACUAUCCAGAAGAACUCGUGUCCAACUUGAUAAAAAGAGCGUUACAAGAGAAUGGAACAAAAUUCAACAGAGACGUAUUAGAAGUUCCCCAACUCACUGAGCGGAUCGGUCCUGAAGAAGAAAAUAUUGAACUAUGCGCCUCAUCAGAAAGGUUGUAUGCCCCAAGAGCUGCUCAAGAUAUGAAUAACGAAUGGCAUGUCAUACUGAACGAUAAGCAACAACCACAACAAACAUUCCGUGUAGAAAUUUGCCAACAAAAGGAUUCACCGUGCUCGUCUAUUGCGUAUUUCCAAAAUGGCUACCAAUCAAUGUGUAUACAGAAGUACAUGUUGCGCAGAAUGGUCGCUUUGAACGAACAAAAAGAAGCCGUCGAGAGACCUUUCCAAGUGCCUAGCUGUUGUUCCUGCGUUGCGAGAGCUGUU